ACUCAGGGUUUGGUGGAAGCAGGGUUUGAAUUCCUGUAGUAAGUAUUUUUUUUCCCCUUUUCUCCUUGUUUUGGAAGCCUGUUGUCGUCCGUGUGCAGCUCUCUCGCUCCCGGGUCUUGAUCCUCAUGCCAUCUGCCUUGGUGGAGAGCGUCUGAGCGAAGGAGAUCGUUUGCUCUCUCGAACAUACACUGUGACAGCUGUCACCCAGAGGGGGAGUGGCUUCCGAAAAGGGAACACAACAUGAGUACUACGAGCGUCACUAUGCGAGUCGAUCACUUAUUACCUCGCUAGCACCACGCGACGUAUCUGAACCAUGUCUCACCCUUCAUGGCUGCCGCCAAAGAACGCCACCGAACCCGUCGGCCAUGUCACGGCCAGGAUGGAGACCACCCACGCGUUUGGGACCCCCAGCAUUUCUGUGUCCACGCAGCAGACGCCGAAGAAGUUUGCCCCCGUGGUUGCUCCAAAGCCAAAGUACAACCCGUACAAGCCACCGGGGAGCGACGAUUUCCCCCUGCCGCCGCCGCCGCCACCGCCGCUUCCUGGAGAUGAUCUCAGAAACUACCCAGCUCCUCCUGGUGCCUUUCUUCCCCCACCCCCUACGGAUGAAGCCGCUUUCAGUGUGCAGGUCAACCCCGGCGAGAAGACGCUUGCGGAGAGACGAUCCAGUUUAGACGCGGAAAUCGAUUCCUUGACCAGCAUCCUGGCCGAUUUGGAAAGCAGCUCCCCCUACAAGCCACGGACUCAACAGGGCUCUGGGUUCCCCACUGGCUCCCCAGUGACUUCUCCUCCGGGAUCCACCCCGGUUACUGGGCACAAGCGGAUGAUCAUUCCCAACCAGCCGCCGCUCACUGCCACCAAGAAAUCGACUGCCAAGGCCCCUGUGCAGCCUGCUGCUCCGCCUGCCCCCAUCCCAAUCACUCCAGUCGGUACGCUCAAGCCUCAGCCGCAGCCAGUCCCAGCUUCUUACACCACUGCGUCCACUCCCACCCAACCGGCCUUCAACGUACAGGUGAAAACAGCCCAGCCCAGCCCUCACUUCCAGCCGCCAGGCCCACAGUACGGCAGCCUGGGUCCAAACCAGUCGUAUGCUCCUCAGCCAGCACGCCCCCCGGGGGCAGCUCAGUACGCGCCACCUCAGCCUCGUGGCCCUGACUACGGGUACGCGCCUCAGCCCUUCCGUCCUUCCGAGCCCGGUUAUGGCUACACAGCCUCGCAGGGGCAGUAUCAAGAUCCUUACUACUCAGCAGGCCCUGGAUACGGAGGGAGAAAUGGCUCAGAACCGUCCUACAUGCCGCAAGCCACCUGGAAACCCGAGCCGGCCUAUCCCACAGCUAACACCGUCGCCCAGAACGCAGCUGGGUCGUACCAACCACCCGGCACAAAGAAGACCUACCUUACGGAUCCAGUGUUAGCCCCACCCCCCCCGCCGCUGCAGCCAAAGGGUGGGUAUCCCGUGCCCGCCACGGCCUCAAACACUCCCUUGUUCCGACCUGAGGAUGAGCUGGAACAUCUGACCAAGAAGAUGCUGUACGACAUGGAGAAUCCGCCCUCGGAUGACUACUUCGGCCGCUGUGCCCGCUGUGGCGAGAACGUUGUCGGGGAAGGCACCGGGUGCACCGCCAUGGACCAAGUGUUCCACGUGGAAUGUUUUACCUGCAUGACCUGUGGUAACAAGCUCCGAGGCCAGCCUUUCUAUGCGGUGGAGAAGAAAGCGUACUGCGAACCCUGCUACAUUAACACCCUGGAGCAGUGCAGCGUCUGCACCAAGCCCAUCAUGGAGAGGAUCCUGCGAGCCACGGGGAAAGCCUACCAUCCGCACUGCUUCACCUGUGUGAUGUGCCACCGCAGCCUGGACGGCAUCCCCUUCACGGUGGACGCCGGCGGGAACAUUCACUGCAUCGAGGAUUUCCACAAGAAAUUUGCCCCGCGCUGUUCGGUGUGUAAGGAGCCCAUUAUGCCUACCCCGGGUCAAGAGGAGACCAUACGCAUUGUGGCAUUAGAUCGGGACUUCCACGUCCAGUGCUACCGGUGUGAGGACUGUGGUGGCCUCCUGUCGGAAGGGGACAAUCAGGGCUGCUACCCUCUGGAUGGACACGUCCUUUGCAAGACCUGCAACUCAGCUCGGAUCCAGGCGCUCACUGCUAAGGCCAGCACUGACCUUUGAGCAUCAGCUGCCACCCGCCCAUAUUUGCCCGUGGGGGGAAUUGCACAACCUUUCCAUUUAGCGUGACUCCUUUGCAGCCUAGAACCUCAUUCUCUACAGGUCGAACCUCCCUAGUCCGGCACCCCUCGGGACCUGUCCAGUGCCGAACCAGAGAAUUUGCCAGACCACAGGAGGUCAAUAUUGUCUAGCAGCAUUACCAACACUUCCACUGGUUGCUGGACUGCUAGAGGACAAUUAUGGGUAAAUCAGAGCUAAAUCACAGCACAGAACACUGAGAGCCAGUUCUGGAGGCUGUAACCAAACUUUAUGGGGCCGCGGGAAACUUGGCCACACUCAUGAAAAGUAGACAUCCAGCUAACUCAAAUCACGCUGGACCACGGAUGUUGCCAGACCAGAGAGUUCUGGACUGGAGAGGUUCAACCUGUAGUGAAAAAGUGAAGCUGGAAGGCUGUGGGACAAGCGAGCAAGUUUCUAAGUUUCUCCCUCUAUUUGAUUGCUAUCUCUUAAGAAGCACAUUAAAACAGAGGAGAUCGGUCUCUGUUCUCUUACUAUGGUGUAAGACCUGAUUUGACACCCAUUGACGUCAGUGGGAAGCGACCUGUUGGACAUAAUUCCAUAAUAAUAGACUUACACCCGUGCAAAAGCAGUGGGAGUCCAGAGUAAUUGUUCUCACCAGACAAACUAUUAGGCCUUGAAAUGGGUGUUGUUUUCAAUCAGAGGGACACGGAUUUGUUUUCAAUCAUAAGGCCCGUGUCUUUUUCACAUGCUCUCGCUUGUCUCGACCCCCUUCCAGCUUGAUAACUUUGUUUCUUUUUUAUAAUAUUAUCUUUUGCUGUUGCAUCAGUGUAGUCAAUAUGGAUGCUUCCAAUUCACCGAUGCUUAGGCGUUUGCGUAUGAGCCCUCACGGAAAGUUGCGAGCUUUGCACGCACACACAGCCAUAUAUCCUUUGGAUACACUAGAAAUAUGAAGUCACUGAGAAGUUGGGUUAAUUGUUUUGGGGGCUAGAAAGGAUUAAAACAUUUCAAAAUGGGCUCAAAUGAAUUGUCUAAUGAAAGCCACCACAAACAUGCUCAAAAGGAUCUGAAGCUAUCCAGGGCCAAUGCAGAGGCGUAGUGACCAGUGAGCAAUGCUUGUUUCCAAACAAGUACUUCAGGAAUGGAGUCUUGACCCAAUAGAAAGACUCCCCUUGAACUGAAUUCUACCUUGAGACAGGCUGAGGGAUUCUGGUCCGAUGGGAAUAUACCAGAGCUGGAGUUACAACACAAGCUAGGAGGAUGGCUUACUAUUUCAGCAUUCAGG